CUUUCGAAAUUUACGGGUGCAAAGUAGCCCAUGCAGCUGCAGAAGAAGUCGCUGUCGCUUUUCCGGGUCGCAUUGCGCUUGUUCACGACACUGACAACAUAAAAUCACGUGCAUAAAAGUCAGCAUUAUUUAAUUUUUACCCAUAUUGUGGAGUGUAGUGGGCAGAGAGUCGCUGACGUACCGCUGCCACUAGCAACAACAAAUACAACAAACGGGGCAAGAAAGUAACACAAACAAAGCACCUUGUUUGCCGUUACUUGCCGCUGCCGCCACCUGCCGACAACAAUAACAACAAAACAGGCACACGCAUAAAAAGAUAAUGAUGGCCAAAAGCGAUAAGGAAAUACUGGCCAAUUCCAUGUAUGAAGACGAUCCCAAUGGCAAUUCAGCACCCACGUCAAUUGAUCAGGAGCAAGGGCAGUUGGCGGCGAGUGAAGCGGCAACGGCGGAUCCAACAAAUAUUGCGGCAGCGAUUUCCCCACGAUGGGGACCACAAAAUAAAGGUGCACAGGAGCUAGCAUCACUCUACAGUCCAGGUAAACGGGCCCAGGAAGUCGUUUGUGUUUACACCUGCAUCGGCCUGAUGAUCAUAAAUUUGGCAUUAAUCAUGAGUCACAUGCGUUGGGAACGCAUCAGCGUCACCUUCUUCUCUGCACUGUGUGGCAUUCUGACGGCAGACUUCGCAUCGGGCCUGGUGCACUGGGCAGCGGAUACAUGGGGCUCGGUUGACUUGGCUGUAAUUGGAAAGAACUUUUUGCGACCGUUUCGUGAACACCAUUUGGAUCCCACGUCAAUAACGCGACACGAUUUUAUUGAGACAAAUGGCGAUAACUUUAUGGUUGGCAUACCCAUACUUGGAUAUUUAGCGCAUUAUUUUUAUAUCAAAUCGCCGGGCGAGAUACAACAGAAUUUCGGAUGGAUAGCGUAUGUGUUUCUAUGCUCCAUUUUUGUGGCUAUGACGAAUCAGAUACACAAGUGGUCGCAUACAUAUUGGGGCCUACCCAGAUGGGUGCUAUUGCUGCAAAGCUGUCAUAUAAUUCUGCCGCGCAAACAUCAUCGUAUACAUCAUGUGGCGCCGCAUGAGACGUACUUUUGCAUAACCACCGGCUGGUUAAACUGGCCACUGGAGCUGCUCAGAUUUUGGUCAUCUUUUGAGUUUAUUAUUGAGCGUUUGACGGGCUUGAAGCCGCGUGACGAUGACCUGAAAUGGGCUAAGAAACUCACAUAGCUAUGCUGUCCAGCGACUGUAUAUAACUCUUGGACCAAGCAGCGUUUACAAAGCUUACCAAUUAAAAAAACAAACCAAAGAAAGCUAGAACAGAAGUCACGUAUAAUAAUUAUAAAUUAUAUUUUGCACAACGAAAAAUAUUGUAUGUAAGGUCAACUUAUUCAUGUAAAAGCUGACAAUUAACACAAGGAAAGUGUUUUUGAAGAACACUUUAGUUUAAGUAGAAAUGGUUCGUGCAUUGUCGUUUUUGUAUUUCUUUAUAGACUCGCGCAAACCUAAAGACACAUUUGAUCUCGCUACUUAUUACCAUAUACAACGAGUGAGCCUUAUAAACAUACAGACUAUGUGAAGCUAGCACAGAUAUAUGCUUGUUAAAAAUGUUGAGAAUAUUUUUUACUACUUUACAAAUAAAAAAAAACAGCUUGAAUAGCAAAAAUUUUUAUAGAAAAUAUAAAAACAAAAUAAUUUUCAAUACAUUUCAAAGCUUCUGAGGCUAUAUGAGUAAAUAAAUAAUUAUAUUUGCUAUUUAUAUAUACGUAUACAGUGAUGGCCAUAUAAUUAGUGACACCAAUUAUUUAUUAGGAGUUUAUGUUACCCUUGAUACAUACAUUAAAAAAGCUUUUUAGCACCUUAAGGAUGCGAAGGCUUACCCAUCUAGUUACAGUUUGUUACAAGUGUUGUUUAUAGUUAUAGUUUGUGAGCACAUUAUUUUUUAAACAUAAUUAUUAAUAAUCAUUUUGAGGAAUUUUAUACUAUAACUCUUUCCAUGGACCAAUUUUAAUAUUCUUGAUAGACUUAAAAACGAAGGUAGUGUGCAUAAUACCUAAGCAAUCGAAAUGCAUUUGGUAAUUUAUUGCUUAGAAUUUGCCUUAUUCCCAACCACGAGCGCAUGUUCAAUAUUUCAUAUCUAAGAGUUACAUUUUACAAUCAGGAUUAAAAAAAAAUAGUCAAGCAAAAUAGUAAUGGAUAAAAUAAUUUUAUUAAGCUGUUCACAAUUAUAUAGCUACCACUGUAUAUAUAAAUGAUAUAUAUGUAUAUACUAUAUACUAUAUAAAGAGCGCUGAAUGCAAUCAAUAAAGUGACUUAAAAACUUGCCUUAUAAGAAAUCAUUUAUGUAUGUGUAUAUGUGUAACUAUAAUAACAGAACCUAAAAGACAGUCAACAUUUUUAAAAGUAGCUAAGCAAAUAUUUUAGUACGCAUAUUUUUAAGCAAUUAAGUGGCACAUGUAAAAUUUAGAAUUAACAACAAACACAAACUAAACUAUGACAGUGUAAUGUGAAUUACAAGCCUAAGCAACUAAAUUUAUACAUUUUGUAAACAAAAAACACUUUAUAAAUUUAUACAUAUUCGCGCCUCGCAAUGACUUGGACUGCUAAAAAAAAUGUUGUUAAAGAAAUUAAUUCGAAGUGAGCAAUAUUUAUUGUGAUUAAAAACCAUGAAGCUGAUUUUAAAACGUAGUUUUAUAUUCUAUAUUAAAUAUAAAUUCGCCCAGCCCUAAAUCACAAUAAAAUAAGCAGAAGAUAUAGGUUUUUAGCAUUUGUAAGGAAAGUAGUUUCAGUGCCUAGUUGCGUUCAUACAAAUGGAUAAGCAGAACUUAUUAUAAAAGAUUUUGUAAAUUAAAUUCGAUAACCAUUAAAUUGAUAAAUGCACUUUACACAAAGAAUAAGUUCUUGGUUUUUAGUUUUCCGUUAAUAAUAUGAAAGCUUAAAUCAUCCCUUAGUAAUCCUAACUCAAUCACCUCGAGAUAUUUUAUUAAUUUGCAAAAAAUUAUUUAGUAAUAAUUUUUAUAAAUAAGCUGUAAUAUGAAGUAGUCCGAUAAUUAUAAUAUACUGUCCAAAUUUGAGGAACAUAAUAACACAAAAUUUGUGGUAUUUUGGUGAACAACUUUUUUCCAUACAAGAACUUAUAUAUUGAACAAUUGUUCCUAUAAGCACCAAGCAUGAAGCAUCCUUUGGGAUCUUGUAGAAACAUGUAUAAUUUGGGUUGCGUUCCCUGCUUCUUGUUUUUUUUUUGCAGAAUAGACCCCCAACCUUUUGAGUAGUGGUAUCAAGAGGUAAACAAUAUUUUUAAAUAAAUAAAUAUCAACAUUAAAUAUA